AUGGCGACUCGAAGCGCAGCUCUCAAGCUUGACUGGACCAAGGUCACCAGCUCCCUCGGUCUCCGUGGCCAGACCGUUGCCUCCCUGCAGGCCUUCAAGAAGCGCAACGAGGACGUCCGCCGUAAGGUUCAGCAGCUCCAGGAGCAGCCCACCACCGUCGAUUUCUCCCAGUACCGAUCCAUCCUCAAGAACCAGGCUAUCAUCGAUGAGAUCGAGAAGCGAUUCAGCGCCUUCAAGCCUGUCACCUACGAUGUUAGCCGACAACUGAAGGCCAUCGACGCUUUCGAGGCCGAGGCCGUCAAGAACGCCGAGGCUACCAAGGAGGCCGUUGACCUUGAGCUUAAGGAUCUUGCCGCUACCCUCAAGAACAUCGAGGAGGCCCGACCAUUCGAGGAGCUCACUGUCGACGAGGUUGCCGCUGCCGAGAAGUCUAUCGACGAGAAGACUGAUCAGCUCGUUUCCAAGGGCCGAUGGAUGGUGCCAGGAUACAAGGAGAAGUUCGGCGACUUGGCUGUGGUUUAA